AAUUUAUUAUACACACACAUUCACACAUGACUAUACAUAUUAUAUGUGUGUACCCGUUCAACAGAAACCCUUACAGUGGCGGCGAAAGCGAUAUGCAAACCUUUAACAAACGCCAUGUGAAGCGAAACAGUCAUUAGGGUUACAUUUCCCAAACCCGUAUUUAAUUUCUCUCUCUUCUUUCUAUCUAGAUACUUUGGAAGACUAUCAACAUGCCUACCUUCACAACGAUUGCUUGGGAGACCUUGAUUGAACCUAGGGUCAGAGAUUCGUACAAGGAUUCGUUGAAUUCGAAGCAGCAAAUCACCAAAUCUGAUUAUCGAGAUGAUGGUGAUGAUGAGAAGGAUGAGGAGGAGAAGAAGACUAAAGGUCCGAAUCAUAUAUACAUAUCGCCUGCUCUGUAUGUAACUCCAGAACCAACGCCGGUUCCAGAUUCUUCCUCCGGUUCGCUUUCGCCCUCUCCGUACGUCGUCAGACGCAAACGUCAUGGCGGCGGUGGUGGUGAGGCCACUGAGCGCCGUGUCGAUGGAUUUGAAGUUCAGCAGAAGCAGAAGCAGCAAGUUGAUGAGAGCAAUUCAGGCUGUGGUUGUGUUGAUGAUGUUUCUAAUGAGGAACCCUGUAUUCGAUUAGGGCAACAGGAGGUGGAUCAUGAUAAUUUUUUGGAUGGGGAGAUUGUGGAAGACGAUUUCUUUGAUCCUCGGUGCGACUCCGCUAGUGUUGCUAGCUCUGUUGAACUGAAUGAUUGUGGAAAGCAAGUCGGAAACAUAAGCGGAUUGUCUAGCCAUGGUGAUUUCUAUGAUGCAGAUGAAGAUUUCUUGUCUGAUGAGUCAAUUUCAAAUGUAUCUUCUUAUGGUCCAAGUAUUGAAUCACAACUACUAGCCACAAGGCUCAGUCUCCUUGAUGAGAUUGAAAGACGAGAGGCUGCACAGGAUGCUCUUGGUCAGAUGCACAGUCAAUGGCAGAGGGUUGGCAAUGCUCUAUCUGAAGUGGGUUUAACAUUUCCUGCACCUCUGACUACUAGUGACGUGCAGCUUGAGAUCAAUUCAAUAGAGCAAGUCUCUCAGGAACUUGUUGUUGCUAGGUUUGUUGCCGAAGCAAUAGCAAGGGGUCAAGCACGUGCUGAAGCUGAAUUGACUGCAGAGGCUAUUCUUGAAUCCAAAGACCAGGAAAUGUCCCGCCUGCGAGACAAACUGCAAUACUAUGAGGCGGUAAAUCAUGAAAUGUCCCAAAGAAAUCAGGAAAUUGUUGAGGUUGCACGAAGGCAACGAAAGAGGAAGAAUAGUCAAAGGAGGUGGGUAUGGAGCUGCAUUGGAUUGUCUGUAACAAUCGGAGCCUCUCUGCUUGCUUACUCGUACCUUCCACAGACAAGUAAAGAUCAUUCUUCGCUGACCUCCAGUGAUUCCCCCGAUGGAUCUUGUGGUUGUUCAUCAUAGUUCAUUAUUCGCUGACAUAUCCAUCCAGUCACUUUCCUGAUGGAUCUUGUAUUAUUAGUUCAUCAUAAUCUGCUUAGACAAUAAGUCAUGGCUUAUCUGUUUAAGCCAAACUUUCAAAUGAUCCAUUCAAGAGUAUGUGGUCAAAACUUGAUACUGGAUUCAAGUGAUGAUUUGAUCACUUUCAAUCAGUUUUGCUUUCAUCAGUUUCACCGAGGUUA